AUGUCCGGCAAAGCACCAGAAAUCGCGACCUUCGCAGCCGGGUGUUUCUGGGGAGUCGAGCACAUCUUCUUGAAACACUAUCCUAUCGCUCAGAACAAGGGCAUCAUCAAGACGUCUGUCGGAUACACUGGCGGGAAGGACGACGCGAAGAACCCGGACUACCGCACCGUGUGUACGGGCGCGACCGACCACGCUGAGGCAUUGCGGAUAGAGUUCGACCCGAAGGUCGUGAGCUACGGCGACCUCGUCGAAUUCUUCUAUCGGACGCACGACCCGACGACCGUGAACAGGCAGGGUAAUGAUACAGGAACUCAGUAUCGCUCGGCCAUCUUCUACCACUCUUCAGAGCAACUCGAGGUUGCCAAGCGUGUCACCGAUGAAGUGCAGAAGAAGCACUUUGACCCUAUCGGUAAGAAGAUUGCCACCCAGGUCGUGGCCGCGGGCCCGUGGUGGGACGCUGAGGAGUAUCAUCAAGAGUACCUGCACAAGAACCCGACGGGGUACCAGUGCCCAACGCACCGCCUGAACUGGUAG